AUGCGCUUAAUUAAAGAGCAGGAGAAGGGAGAAUAUACAGACACUGGGAUAGAGGUGAAUCUUAGUGUGCCGAAAGGGAUAUUUCCAGAGAAAGCACAAACUGAUUGGGAUGAAGUGAUUGGAAAGGGAGAGAUAUUGGACUUGCUUGGAGAAGCAGAUGGAGGCAGUGUACUUGAUGUAGAAGAGAGUGUGGAGGAUAAGAUGCAGGAAAUAUUUGAGAAGCUGAAAACGAAUCAAGUGAUACUUGUGCAGGGAAACACAGGAUGUGGGAAAACAACGAAGAUCCCCAGAUAUCUUUUGCAGCAGUAUAAGAAGAUAGUAUGUUCACAGCCAAGAAAGAUAGCAGCAAUAAGUGUUGCUAAGAAAGUGGCUAAUGAUAUGAAAGUGAGUGUUGGAAAUGAGGUUGGAUACUCAGUGAGGUUUGAUGACAUGAGUAGCAAGAAGACAAGGCUGAAGUAUGUAACAGACGGGAUUCUGUUGAGAGAGAUCAACGACAACAAGAAUCUGAGCGGAUAUGAUAUGGUGAUAAUCGAUGAAGCACAUGAGCGGAGUAUGAAUAUUGAUGUGCUGCUUGGAUACUUGAAGAUGAUACUGAAGAAAAGGAAGGACUUCCGGGUGAUUGUGAUGAGUGCGACUCUGAGUAGUGAAAAGUUUGUUUCAUUUUUUGGAUGUCAAAGGAUUGAGAUAAGACACAAGAUGUUUCCACUUGAAAUUUUUUUCAUGAAGAAAGGAUGUGGAGACGAUUACUUGAGCGAGGGACUGAAGACGGUGAUUCAGAUCCACAAGAAUGAAGGACCAGGAGACAUACUCAUGUUUCUGACGGGGAAGGACGAGAUCAACAAUGCCGAGGAGGUAUUACUGAACAUUCUGCCUGCAAAUGAAGUUGAGAUAUGUAGUAUAUACAGUACGCUUGCGCCUGAGAAGCAAGAGCGUGUUUUCAAGGUGUUGAAGAAGCGGAAGAUUGUUCUUGCAACGAAUAUAGCAGAGACAUCGAUAACAAUAGAAGGGAUGAAAUAUAUUGUUGAUUGUGGACGGAGCAAGCAGAUGAGAUACUCUGCAUUGCUUGGAAUGAGCAUAUUGGAAAUUGGAUGGAUAUCCAAGUCUCAAGCGAAGCAGAGGGCAGGAAGAUCAGGACGCACAGGGCCAGGAAAAGUUUUCAGGAUAUACACUAGGGACGAUUACAAACGGAUGAACACGGAUGCGAUUCCUGAGAUUCUUAGCAGCAAUCUUGCAAAUAUAAUACUGUUGCUGAAGUCGAUAGGUAUUGCGGAUAUUACAAGUUUUGAGAUGCUCGACAAGCCUGAUGUAUCGAAUGUGAAGAAGGCGCUUGAGCUUUUGUAUUUUUUAAGGACGAUAGAGGAGAAUGGAAGGAUAACAGCACUUGGAAGGAAGGCAGCAAGGAUUCCUGUGGAGCCUGAGCUUGCGGUAUCACUGCUUGCAUCGUGUGAGCUUGGAUGUCUUGAGGAUGUAAGUACUAUUGCAGCGAUGCUGAGUGUUGAGAAUGUGUGGAAGGAUGUUGCAAAGAGCAGUGUUGAGUAUCCUAAGUAUAUGGAAGCACGAACGAAGUAUUUUGAUGUGCGAGGAGACUAUUUUUCGCUUCUGCGCGUGUACAGAUCAAGUAAAGAAGCGAAUUUUGCAGCUUCGUAUCUGCGGAAGCGGUAUUUGAAUAUACGAGCAAUGCAACAAGCGCAGAAAAUAAAGAAGCAGUUAGUGGCAAUGCUCAAUGUGAAGAGCAUGUCUGACGAGAGUAAGGUAGUUCAGUCUUUCUGUGCAGGGUAUUUUAUGAAUAUUGCGAAGAUGGUUGACAACAGGUAUGUGUCGGUGUUUCAUGGAGUUCAGUGUUAUGUGCACAGCACCAGCAAUAUGUUUAACAGAAGGGCUAAAUAUAUACUGUACCACUGUGUGUUUAAGACUGGGAGGGAGUAUGUGAAGCACUGUGUGGAGGUGAGUGAAGAAGAUCUUGUGAAAGGAGCGAACCAUAUAUUUACGAAGAAGUGA